AAAAUAAGAAGUUGGUUGAACUGCUGAGGAGGAAAGUUCGUCUUGCCCAGCCUUAUGCUGGUGUUUUUCUGAAAAAGGAUGACAACAAUGAAUCUGAUGUGGUGGAGGAUCUGAAUGAAAUAUACCAAAUGGGAACUUUUGUCCAGAUUCAUGAAAUGCAGGAUCUCGGAGACAAGUUGCGUAUGAUAGUUAUGGGACAUCGAAGAAUUCGUAUAAACAAGCAACUAGAGGUUGAGCCUGAAGAGCCUGAGAACAAACAAAAAAUUAGAAGGAAACAGAAGCGAUCUAAGAAGGAGUCUGAAGAGGAGUCUGGUGCAAAGGACCAAGCUGUGGAGUUGGUACUAGAUCCUGUAGCUGCUUCUUCGAAGGAAGUUCUCAUGGUAGAAGUAGAGAAUGUGGUUCAUGAAGAUUUUCAGAUCACAGAAGAGGUUAAAGCACUAACUGCAGAAAUUGUUAAAACAAUUCGGGACAUCAUUGCCUUGAACCCCUUGUACAGAGAGUCCGUACUUCAGAUGAUGCAGGCUGGACAGCGUGUGGUAGAUAACCCUAUCUAUCUGAGUGACAUGGGUGCAGCCCUAACAGGGGCAGAGUCACACGAGCUUCAAGACAUCUUGGAAGAAACCAGUAUUCCUAAACGGCUUUAUAAAGCUCUUUCUCUUCUGAAAAAGGAGUAUGAGCUGAGCAAACUUCAGCAGCGUCUUGGAAGAGAGGUUGAGGAGAAGAUCAAGCAAACACAUCGCAAGUAUCUUCUUCAAGAGCAGUUGAAGAUCAUCAAGAAAGAACUAGGUCUGGAAAAAGAGGACAAGGAUGCCAUAGAAGAGAAAUUCCGUGAGCGGCUAAAGGAGCUGGUAGUGCCAAAACAUGUCAUGGAUGUGAUUGAUGAAGAGUUGAACAAGUUGGGCUUGUUGGAUAAUCACUCUUCAGAAUUCAAUGUUACACGGAACUACUUGGACUGGCUGACAUCUAUCCCGUGGGGUAAGUGUAGUGAGGAGAACCUGGAGCUGGCCAGAGCCCAAGCGGUUCUGGAGGAGGAUCACUAUGGAAUGGAUGACGUCAAGAAGCGAAUUCUGGCAUUCAUUGCUGUCAGCCAGCUGCGAGGAUCCACCCAGGGGAAGAUUUUGUGUUUCUAUGGUCCCCCUGGAGUCGGCAAAACCAGUAUUGCUCGUUCCAUUGCCAGAGCCCUAAACAGAGAGUACUUCCGCUUCAGUGUUGGAGGGAUGACUGAUGUAGCAGAAAUAAAAGGACACAGGAGGACAUAUGUUGGAGCAAUGCCGGGAAAAAUCAUCCAAUGUCUGAAGAAGACUAAGACAGAGAAUCCACUUAUACUGAUUGAUGAGGUAGAUAAAAUAGGAAGAGGCUAUCAAGGGGACCCAUCCUCAGCCCUUCUAGAGCUAUUGGAUCCAGAACAGAACUCUAACUUCUUGGAUCAUUAUCUUGAUGUUCCUGUGGAUUUGUCAAAGGUACUUUUUAUUUGUACUGCCAAUGUAACAGAAACCAUUCCAGAGCCACUGCGGGAUAGAAUGGAAGUGAUCAACGUGUCAGGAUAUGUAGCAGAAGAGAAACUUGCAAUUGCAGAGAGAUACUUGGUCCCUCAAGCACGAGUUCUGUGUGGCUUGGAUGAAAACAAAGCUCAAAUCACAUCGGAUGUCCUGACUGUUCUCAUCAAGCAGUACUGCAGGGAGAGUGGGGUGAGGAAUCUGCAGAAACAAGUAGAAAAGGUAUUGAGGAAAUCUGCCUAUAAAAUUGUGAGUGGAGAAGCGGAGACAGUCCAAGUAACACCUGAAAACCUGCAGGACUUUGUAGGAAAGCCCAUCUUCACUGUGGAUCGCAUGUAUGAAACCACUCCCCCAGGAGUGGUGAUGGGUCUGGCCUGGACAGCUAUGGGAGGUUCCACUCUGUUUAUUGAAACAUCCCUGAGGCGACCCAAAGACAAGGAGAUCAAGGAUGGGUCACUUGAAGUAACAGGGCAACUGGGAGAUGUAAUGAAAGAGAGUGCCAAAAUUGCAUACACAUUUGCAAGAGCCUUUCUGAUGCAGAAGGACCCCAAAAAUGACUUUCUUAUGUCUUCUCAUAUCCACUUGCAUGUGCCAGAGGGAGCGACCCCAAAGGAUGGACCAAGUGCAGGAUGUACCAUCGUAACAGCUCUGCUGUCCCUGGCCAUGAAUUGCCCCGUGAGGCAGAACGUAGCCAUGACUGGAGAGGUGUCAUUGACUGGAAAAAUUCUUCCUGUCGGUGGAAUCAAGGAGAAGACUAUUGCAGCAAAAAGGGCAGGUGUUACCUGCAUCAUUCUGCCUUCAGAGAACAAAAAGGAUUAUUAUGACCUUGCUGGAUUUAUUACAGAAGGACUGGAAGUACAUUUUGUGGAGCACUAUAAAGAGGUAUUUGACAUAGCAUUUCCACAGCUGGAUCUCACUGGAGGAUGACAUGCUGUCAUCCCUGAUGGUAGGAAGGAGUUCUGUCCCUAAGCACUCAGCCCCUGCCUAGAGAUGGGCAACUGGGGACAAUCCUGAAGUGGGACAUGAAGCUAUUGCUGCUGCGCAGCUGCCAAAAUGAAUUAUGGCUCUGUUAGAAUAAAGUAUUUCUCAGUCUUUAAUACUGGAUUAUGAUCUACAAUAAAUGAUUUCCAAUUUUGCCAAAGGAAUGGUCAUGUUAUCAGCCACCAGCAGUGGGACUAGUCUGGUCUCUUCUCAUUGAAGAUGUUUCAGCUAUUUCACUGUAAAUUUCUCUAUGGCUUGUAGAAAAGGACUGAACAGUAUACCCAGAGCUAGGCUGAUGUACAGCUGUUAUUCCUGAUUUGGUAGAAGGCAAGUAUACUGUUCUCAGAAUCUGUCUCUGCUUAGAAGCCUGGGCUAGGCUGAAAGGACACUGAAAUCCUAAGAUAGUUCAGCUAGCUGGUACAUUCAGCUGAUAAAGGGGCAUGGUUCUCCAGGUUCAGUCACCAAGUCAAUACCACCAGAAAGAACUCCAGGUUUAAAGAGAGCAGACCAGAGCCAAACAGCAACAUGCUCAGUAUCACCAAUCAGCAGCACUGUGCUGCACCCCAGACAGCCUGUGCCUCUACAACAGCUGUAUCAUAUUCUGGGAGUGAGAAAAGGAAUUAAAUGUCUUGACAGUACUGUUGCACCUCAGUAAACACGUAUUUGGGGGGCUGGAGAAUUUGAAUACUUCAUCUUCCAAUCGACACUAAGAAAAAGGAAUUUAAAGAGAGGAAGAGUAAUAGCAUAAAGUCUAGUUGAAAAGUAUUUUCUCAGCCAAGAACAGCUCUUCUCAUCUCACAGCAAGGAAGCCCUUAGGGGAGAAUAAAGAAUCCAGCUACUGAAGUCCAGGGAGCUCUUGUUGACUCCAGGUGUCUUUCAUUCUUGCUAACACUGCAGAAAACAGGCCAGAAUAGAGGGUACAAAGGGACACACAGGAGCAGGCUAAGCUGCAUGAGGAAUGGGCUGAUGUGCCCUGGGGAAGAAGUGCAAAGUAGUUACUAUUUUCAACAGCCAUUUUUGCCCACCUGACUUCCCUCCUACCACCAUCUAGGUCUAAAGACAGACUAGGAGGUGAAAGGCAUUAUUUCAGAGAUUUCCAGGUCCUGAGGCUGCACACAGUCAUAGAGAUUUGUGUCUAGAGCAAGUCACAGCAGCACCAGUAUCAGUAUCUCCAGGUACAGGUGUUAUAAACCACUGAC